AUGGAAAAGGAGAGCUGGUAUUGGAUAAUUCCGGCUGUUCUGAUGUCAGUUUCUGGAAUGAUAACCGGAAUUGUGAAACUGGUAACACGGGAUAAUGAUUCAAGAGAAGUAGAAAUCUUAAACAGAGAAAUAUACAAUACACAUAUCGGCGCAAAUGUAAGGGUAACCAUCCCUGCGUAUAGGUACGAAAAAGAACAAUGCUUCAUAAAACUACCUAAUUUUGAUCGGCACGAGAUGAAUCAAUAUCUAAAUGUAGACGGUAUACAUGUUAUUAAUGAUCCGGACUAUGUAUGCGGAGCUGUUAUCAAUGUUCACUCCCAAGAUAUGGUCGGGGAAUGGGUGAUGAUUGCUUGGGAGAUAAGAUACACCUACCCUUUAGAGAGAAGGUUACCAUUCAUCAUAAAGGUUAACGAAACUAUCAACGCAGUACCAAAACAAGUUACGAUAACAGAAGGUAAUGAUCUCUACUUACAUCUGCAGAACAACACAGAACUUCAUGAAACUUGCAAGCUCUUUGGGCCUGAUGAGAAUGAGAUUGUCAAUUUUGAAUUAGAUUCCAAUUAUCUUGAGAGUUGUGGAUUCAUUGUUAAAAAUGUUAAGGUAUCUGAUAGUGGCAAAUGGGAAAUCAGAUCUGGUAAUGGUAUUAUUUUUAGAGCAUUCACUGAAGUAACUGUCAUUGAAAGAUGGAACAAACAGUAUACGGCUCUCAACUGGGUCAAAGAUGGAUCAGUAGAUAUUACUAUUGGCCCUGAAGAUGCAGUUUAUUGUAGAAUUGAGGAUCCCAGUGGCACUGUCGUGUUUCUUGGAUUCGGUGCAUGCAAGAUUGUAUUGGAAAGAACUACUGAAGAACACAAUGGUGUUUGGAAAAUCAGUUUGACCUUACCAGAAAAAGUUUUGACCGAAGACUUGGAAGUCACAGUAACAGAAGGAAAACCUGUCCUGACCACCGAUGUAGAUAGAAUCACAGCUAUGGAGGGCGACACCGUGACCAUGUCAUGCUCGAUACAGUCCGCAGUCAGGUACUGUUACUUUAGAGCACACAAUGGAACUGUCUUCAAUGUUUCACCUGGUAGCAUAUCGGGGACUAUGGAGUACGUAGGUGCAGGUUUAGACGCCGGCGAGUGUGGUAUCAGACUCAGGAACCUACUGUCCUCCGAUAGCGGUAGCUGGAGUUGCCACGUUGGUUUCCAAGACUAUAACGAACCAGAACAAAGGGCAGACUUCGAUGUUACUAUUGAAGAGGCAAUGACAGCACGUCAGUACAGUGAGCAGAGCACGCUGGUGGUGGAGGGGCUGGUGUACAACAGCCGACAGCUGGAAUACUGCAGAUUUGUUCGCAUCGAUGGACUAGAUGUGACAUCAGAGAUACUUCCUGACCGGUACACAAGCCAUGAUUCCCUAGAUACUGGUCUGUGUAAAAUUCGCAUUGAAAACGCUACCAACCUUGAGCACCACCCGUGGAAGGUGGUCGCCAGGAUGCUUAGCCAAGAAGUGGAAAUAUUUCAGAGCACAACGCACAGUAUCAGCAUGCCAACAGCCGCGGAACCCGGCAAUCUGAACAAUCAGCUUAUCUUUUGGAUUCCAAUGAUGUUGCUGAUGAUCGUGCUGGCAGCUUUGGUUGUGUUGCUUGUACCUAAGAGAAACCGAAAGAGAACUUUGGACAGGAUGAACAUCAUCAGAGACAGCAUCCGCGGCAGUUUCCAGAAGAAACCGUUACCGGACCCAGCUCCUCACGCUGGCGUCACGGUGGCAUAG